AUGAGAAUUUUGGCGUUGAUUUUACUGCUCAUUUGUGGUCAUAAAACCAGUGCUUUAUCGCCCCAGGAACGGAUCGUGGGUGGAGUAGAGGUACCCAUUCAGCUUACACCAUGGUUGACUUCGAUUACGGUGCAUGGCAACUAUAGUUGCAGUUCGGCAUUGAUUACAUCCCAAUGGUUGGUCACGGCUGGACAUUGUGUUCAUUGUGAUCCAGAUAGCUACUUCGUUCGCGCAGGAUCUACUUUCACUCAUCCAGAUUUCACACUACGUACUCUGGAGAACGACAUCGCCUUGUUGAAGUUAGAUGAACCUUUUACCUUGGGAGGAAAUAUACAGGUGGUGAAGCUACCGCUUCCGGGUCUUAAUAUACUUCCACAAACUCUCUUGGCUGCCGGUUGGGGAAAUCCAGAUGCCACUGACAGUGAUUCCGAGCCCAGACUACGUGGCACAAUGGUGGAAGUUAUUGAGCAGAGACGUUGCCAGCGACUUUACUCUCAUCUGCAUCGUCCCAUCACGGUUGAUAUGGUGUGUGCAGCAGGAGCUGGACGAGAUCAUUGCUACGGAGACUCAGGAGCUCCUUUGGUUCACCGCGGCAGUAGCUAUGGAAUCGUAUCCUUUGCGCAUGGAUGUGCUAACCCACAUUUUCCAGGCGUGUACACUAAACUGGCCAACUAUGUCACCUGGAUCUUCAACUUGAAAAAUUGAAAUCAAACAAUAUAGAGAUUUUUUGUUUUUUUUUAUUCCUUUCUCAUUGUACCAGUUCUUCCUGCAUCUGUUGGAUGCUCAUCGCUCCUGGAAUACCCGAUGCAUUAUACAAUACGCCAGCAUUUUCCCAGCCAUCUGAGGAGCCGCUCUUUUUCGUGCCCAACCGAGGCGAUAAACUCGUACCGCCGCUCGACGGCAAAUUUGUGUAAAUUAUGUAUUUGUGCAUUUUGAUUUCAUUUAAACGAAGUUUCCUGAUGGCCCCUGGCGCAUGUCAAAUAUCAAAACCGAAACCAGCCUGCCAGCUAGCUGGCCACUUGCGCAACAGCCACAUCCAGCA